CUCGGAUACGUGCAGUUCCACCAUGUGAGAACCUCGGCCAUGAACUCCGCUUAACCUUCGUAUAUCUAUCCGGCUAAACCCGCCCAUGCUUCUCUCUGGCCUGGCAAACCAAACGCAUUAUUCACCAUGUCUCUCGAUCAAUCUCUUCAGUUUCUCCGCCAGUGGGGUCAGACGGCUCUGUCGCAUCUGCCCCCCGAGGCGCAAAGUGUUGUUUUGCACCCCGUCGUGCCCAAGGCGCUGGCCGUGUUGGUCGGACUGGGCGUCGCGCGCCACGCCAAUCGCGCUCUGACGCGAUGGACGGCCAAUAACUGGCAGGGUGCCGGACCCUGGCAGCCUGCGCGCGAGCUGGUGCUCAUCACCGGCGGGUGCAGCGGUAUCGGCAAGCAGAUCGUGGAUGAUCUGGCGCCGACGGGCGUGCGCAUCGUUAUUCUGGACAUCCAGGAACCCUCUAGUAAACUCCCCACCAAUGCCACCUUCUACAAGGCCGACAUCACCUCCUCGGCCAGCAUCGCUGCCGUCGCCGACAAGAUCCGCUCGGCGCACGGCGAUCCCACGGUGCUGGUGAACAACGCGGGCGUGGGCAACGACGGCACCAUCCUUGAGGAGACCGAGGCCAAGAUCCGCCAGACCUUCGAGGUCAACACCAUCUCGCACUUCCUCAUGGUGCGCGAGUUCCUGCCCAGCAUGGUGAAGCAGAACCACGGCCACGUCAUCACCAUUGCAAGUAUGGCCAGCUUCGUCGCACAGGGCGAGAUGGUUGAUUACUGCUGCUCCAAGGCCAGUGCGCUCGCCUUCCACGAGGGAUUGGGCCAGGAGCUGCGGUUCUGGUAUAACGCGCCAAAGGUGCGCACUAGCGUGAUCCAUCCCCUCUGGGUGCGCACUCCUAUGAUCAAGCAGUUGACCGAUGCCGGAAAGCAAUUCCGCCAGCCCGUCUUGACCCCCGAGAUGGUGUCAGCCGCCGUGGUCAAGCAGAUCCUGACGCAGAGCAGCGGCCAGGUCAUCCUGCCCAACCAUCUCACGCCCAUUUCGCUGGUGCGCGCUUUCCCGUCGUGGCUGCAGGACGCCGCGCGGAAUACCGGGUCGAAGAAUCUGAAGCGAUUGCGCGAGUGGCAGGCGGCGCAGGCAUUGUAA